GCGGCCCAUUUCUCGUAAGCAGAACUGUCGAAUCUGUGUCGAUGCAUGAUGAACCGAAAGUCGAGCUACGGUGCGAAACUGAAAGUCGAGCUACGGUGCGAAACUGCGCGCUGACCCAGUCAUGGGUCGAUGGGGAGGAAGACGAAGAUCAGGAGGAGGAGGAAGAGGGCAAUGGGGAGGAGGAGGAGGAAGAGGGCGACGGGGAGGAUGAGGAGGAGGAGGGAGAGGGCGAUGGGGAGGAAGAGGAGGAGGACGACGACGAAAAAGAUCGCGAUGGGAGGAGGAGGAGGAGGAGGAGGAGAAGGGAGAGAAAUAUCGGGUAUGGGAGGAGGAGCAGGAGGAAGAAGAUGGCGAUGGGGAAGGAGGAAAGGAGGAGGAGGAAGAUGAAGACGGCGAUGGGGAGGAGGAGGAGGAGGAGGACGAGGAAAAAGAUCGCGAUGGGAGGAGGAAGAGGAGGAGGAGGAGGAGGAGGAGAAGGGAGAGAAAGAUCGGGUAUGGUAGGAGGAGGAGGAGGAGAAGGGAGAGAAAGAUCGGGUGGUCGUCCCGGGGCAAAUGCUGAGAGGGAGCCGUUUAGGGAGGAUCCGACAUUUCGGGGUAACUUCUGUGUGUGGUCGUGGGUGUCUGCUGGGCAGAAGCUGAAGGAGACCACUCGGGGUGGUCGUCGCCUUAAAUGCAAGUUGUGCGGCCGUGAGUUCAGUGGGGGACAACCGCGUGCAGCUGAGCACUUCAUUUGGAAGAGGCCAACUUCACGUUGCCCUCAUGGGACACUGGCUAUCUGGAGGAGGCUGCAUGCUGUCGGGGUGGCAUUGCCUACAGACUUGCUGGAAUCGGUGCGGGCAGCGGAGGAGGAGGAGAACAGCACCGGUGAUGGUGGUUUGGAGGGAGGAGAUGCGGGGGCAGACGUUGGGGAUGAAGGAGGGAGACAAGCGGAGAGGGGUGGAAAGCCGGGUCCGCAGUCUUGCAGUGGGGUGGAGGAUGUUGGGGGGAGGGCCGUCGAUGUGCGAGGUGCAUUUCGGGGGGAAGCAUGCCCUUCUCGUGCUAAUGCACUACAAGCACGAGUGUGUAAUCGCGGGCAGAUGAAGCAGGCUUCCAUCGCGAGGUGGGUCAAAAACCCACGACAGAAGGACAUCGAUGAGAGCUGCAUCGAGUUCUUUGUGGAGAACUCAAUCCCCUUCAAUGUGGCGAAGAGCAAGUCCUUUAAGAAGUUUGUGAACACAUGCUAUGGACCACAACCUGCUGCCAAACAUUCCCUGGUCCUCACUGGCUACAACCCUCUGCGGUGUUAUCUUCUCGAUGGCUUGAGGCAAAGGUUGAACGAGGAGGAGAAGGCCAUCAACGAUGAUUGGGAGGUCACUGGCUGCACAUUCAUCACGGACGGCACCACUGACAUCUGUGGGCGGUCACUGGUGAAUUACAUCCUCGCAGGGCGUUCGAAGCCACUAUUCGUCAAGUGUGAGGACGUCAGCGAACAAAACAAGGGCGCCGGUGCAGUUGUUCGUGGAUGGAAGAACUUCUUCAGGGAGAUCGGGGUUGAGAAGAUCACGGCCAUCUGCACUGACUCCUUCUCGGGGAACAAAAGUGCGGCCACAAUGUUGAGGGCGGAUCCAGAGUUCCAGCAGAUAUACUGGAUCCCGUGCAUUGCGCACUGCAUGGACUUGUUCAUGCAGGAUGUUGGUGACAAGCCAUGGGCUAAGGACAUCAUCAAGAAGGCGAAUAUGGUCGUGAAGUUCUUCAGGAACCACAGGUGGCCACGAUCAAUGUUGAGAACGGAGCUAAUGGCACAAAAGGGUGUAAAGAUCAGAGUUCUUCUUCGUCCUGCCCUUACGAGGUUCGGGACCCACUUCGUCAUGUUGGAUCGACUCUUGACAUGCGAGAGAGCCCUUCGUCGCUUGGUGUUGGGGGACUCGUGGACGAAAAUGGAUUGGCAGCCGUACAUCUGGACGGACGCUUACGAGGUGGAGUCCCUCAUCACUGACAGGGCAUUCUGGGCAGAUUUGAAGAAGUUGCAUCAAGUGAUGAAGGGGUCGUACGAUGUGCUGAGGAUGGUCGACAAGGACAUCCACUGCUUAUCCAGGGUGUACGACGCUGCCGUGGACCUGAAGAAUUGUGUUCUUCAUGCGCCACUCACAGACGAUGAGCGGGACAGCAUCUUGCGCGAUGUGGGAAAGAGGACGGACAUGCUUCUCAGCCCUGUUCAUGCUGUGGCUCGCUUGUUGGACCCUCGAUUGCGGGACAUCACCGUCUUCAGCAAUCUGGACUUGAUGGCGCAAUUCGAUAGUGUGGUGGACCGUCUCGUUGCAAAGAAUGGGAGUCAGAAGUUCACGAACUACAAAGACCAGCUAUACGAUUUCCAAUUCGGCAGAGGGAUCUUUGGUGACGCAGCAGCGUUGAGGAGGGCAGAGAAGGACAAUGCAGUGCUGUGGUGGGAGGCACACGGGGGUGGCCAUCCAGAGUUGAAGAUGCUGGCGAUGAGAAUGCUUUCGAUAUGGACCACAUCCUCUCCUGCAGAGAGGAACUGGAGUACGUGGUCCCUCGUGCAGACGAAGACGAGGAACCAGCUGAAGCACAAGCGUACAGAGAAGCUUGUCUACUCGCACUAGAACCUCAGACUGACGAGCAAGGGGGAAGAUGGGCCGACAGUGAAAGGAGGUUGGUUGGGGUUGGAGCAGGACUGGGUGGACGAGGAUCUCGAAGGCGAGGCAGUUGGUAUGCUUAAUGUGGAGGACGAUGAUGCAGUCAGGCAUGGCGCCACUGGAUCUGAGAGGGGCAGCACCAACAUCG